CUAACCCGUCGCCAUGGCCGCCUAUAAGCUAGUGCUGAUCUGGCACGGAGAGAGCGCCUGGAACCUGGAGAACCGCUUUAGUGGCUGGUACGACUCUGAUCUGAGCCCGGCCGGCCACGAGGAGGCGAAGCGCGGCGGGCAGGCGCUACGAGAUGCUGGCUAUGAAUUUGACAUCUGCUUCACCUCAGUCCAGAAAAGAGCAAUCUGGACCCUCUGGAUAGUACUGGAUGCCAUUGACCAGAUGUGGCUGCCAGUGGUGAGAACUUGGCAUCUCAAUGAGUGGUACUAUGGGGGUCUGACUGGCCUUAAUAAAGCAGAAACUGCUGCCAAGCACAGCGAGGCUCAGGUAAAGAUCUGGAGGCGCUCCUAUGAUGUUCCACCACCUCCGAUGGAGCCUGAUCAUCCCUUCUACAGUAACAUCAGUAAGGAUCGUAGGUAUGCAGACCUCACUGAAGAUCAGCUGCCUUCCUGUGAGAGUCUGAAAGACACUAUUGCCAGAGCUCUGCCGUUCUGGAAUGAAGAAAUUGUUCCCCAGAUCAAGGAAGGGAAACGGGUCUUGAUUGCAGCCCACGGCAACAGCCUUCGGGGUAUAGUCAAGCAUCUGGAAGGUCUCUCUGAAGAAGCUGUCAUGGAGUUGAACUUGCCAACUGGUAUUCCUAUUGUCUAUGAGUUGGAUAAGAACUUAAAGCCCAUCAAGCCCAUGCAGUUCCUAGGGGAUGAAGAGACCAUCUGUAAAGCCAUGGAAACUGUGGCUGCCCAGGGCAGGGCCAAGAAGUGAAGGCCAACAAGCAGC